AUGGUUGUAUUUAAGUCUACAGAUGUACCCCCAACAGCCACCAUCAAGUUCCUUGGGGCUGGCACUGCUGCCUGCAUAACUGACCUCAUCACCUUCCCCCUGGACACAGUCAAAGUCUGACUGCAGAUUCAAUGAGAGAGCCAGGGUGUUAACCGAGCUUCCUCUGCCACUGCACAGUAUCAGGAUGUCAUGGGCACCAUUCUUACCAUGGUGAAGACUGAGGGCCCUGGCAUCCUGGUGGCUGGCUUGCAGCGCCAUAUGAGUUUUGCCUUUGUCCGCAUUCGUCUCUAUGACUCUGUCAAGCAGUUCUACACCAAGGAAUCUGAGCAUGUGGGCAUCGGGAGCCGCCUCCUGGCAGGCUGUACCAUAGUGGCACUGGCAGCGGCCGUAGCCCAAACCACAGAUGUGGUGAAGGUACAGUUCCAGGACCAGUCUCGUGCAGAUGGCAGCUGGAGAUAUCAGGGUACACUGGAUGCCUAUAAGACUAUCACCAGAGAGGAGAGGCUUCAGGGCCUAAUGAAAGGAACUUCACCCAAUGCUAUCAUCAACUGUGCUGAGCUGGUGACAUAUGAUCUCAUCAAAGAUGCCCUCCUGAAGGCCCACCUCAUGACUGAUGACAUUCCAUGCCACUUCACAUCAGCCUUUGGAGCUGGUUUCUGCACCACCAUCAUUUCCUCCCCUUUGGACAUGGUCAAGAUGAGAUAUAUUAACUCUGCUGUGGGGCAGUAUGCCAGUGCUGGCCACUGUGCCCUCACCAUGCUCCGGAAAGAGGGACCCCAACCCUUCUACAAAGAGUUCAUGCCUUCCUUCUUCCACUUGGGCUCCUGGAAUGUAGUGAUGUUUGUCACCUACAAGCAACUGAAACUGGCCAUGAUGGCCACUCACACUUCUCAGUAA